UUGAAUGAAGUGUCACUUUUCGGAUCAAACUUGAAGGUGAUGAGUGUUCGCUGUUCCGUUUAAAUUUUAAUAAGAUUUAUAAAUCACAAUUGUAAAUACUUAAAAAAAAGUUAAGUGUGUUAAAAUGUUGAGGCAGUUUCUUGAUAAAUUUUGGAAUGAAGACGUUUGGUUACCGCCAAAUACUACGUGGGAAGACAUAGCACCCGGACCCGACAAGGCUGUGGAGUACACCGACUAUACGCACGUUUUUAUUCCUAUACCGUUAGCAUUGGUGUUUAUGGUGGUGCGACGCGCACUCGAAAAAUACUGGUACGAGCCGUUUGGCAAGUCGCUGGGCAUCAAAGACACGCGCCCGCGCAAAGCACCCACGAAUCCGAAGUUAGAAGAGGCUUACAAGCAAUGUUCCCGUCUCAGGCAGUUCACUUCGCUAGCGAAGAAGUUGGAAAUGAGCGAGCGCCAGGUUGCGCGGUGGUGGCGCUUGCGCCGCUCGCAGGACAAGCCCUCGACCCUGGUCAAGUUUUGCGAGAACAUGUGGAAGUUCACCUUCUACCUGCUCAACUUCUCCUUUGGCAUCUUCGUGUUGUGGGAUAAGGAGUGGCUGUGGGACAUCGACCAGUGUUAUAUCGGAUAUCCGCAUCAGGGUCUAUCAAGCGACGUGUGGUGGUACUACAUGAUAUCGUCCGCGUUCUACUGGUCGCUGACGAUCUCCCAGUUCUGGGACGUGCGGCGCAAAGACUUCUGGCAGAUGUUCGUGCACCACAUCGCGACCAUCGCGCUGCUCUCGUUCAGCUGGGUGUGCAACCUGCACAGGAUCGGCACGCUCAUGCUGUUGCUGCACGACUGCGCUGAUAUUUUUGUGGAAUCCGUGAAGGCGUCUAAAUACGCAAACUACCAGCGCCUGUGCGACGCGUUGUUCCUGGCACUCGUCGUCGUGUGGGUUCUGACUAGAGUCGUCAUAUACCCUUUCUACAUUAUUUGGAGUACGUCGGUCCGUGCGCCGAUGCUCCUGCCGAUGUUCCCCGCGUACUACAUCUUCAACUCGCUGCUGUGUCUGUUGUUGGCGCUGCAUAUAAUCUGGACCUGGCUCAUACUGCAGAUCGCUUACAAUGCUUUCAAGGCUGGACAGAUGGACGGCGAUAUCAGAAGUUCCAGUUCGGAACUGAGCGACAGCCCGCAGAAUUCAAACCACAGCUCGCCCAGUAGGGCUAAAAAUAAAAAGGUAACAUAGAUACAAAGUAUAGAACGGAAGAAAUAAAUCUCGGAUUACAGCCACGAACCACUUAUAUUUGGAAUAUAUUUUAUACAUUUAAGUCUUAAACAAGCAAGAGUAACCUUUUUUUUAUACGGUAAAUACUUGAGUUGUUCAAAAUCACUGUUCCAUAAUUAAGAAAUGAAUACCACAGACUUUGUGGUGUUUAUCUAUGGAAACUAGUUGUUUUUGUAUUUCAAAACAUAUAUUAAAUACGUGCUUUUGUAACUGCUAUACAAGUUUAAUAAAUAGUUUAAAAUUUUAUAAUUAUCCAUAAAGUAAUAUUAGCAAUUCUCUUCGAUAGUCGUUAUAAUAUUUGUAACAACUCGAGUAAUACAAAAUAAUUCGAAUAAUUAUUUAUUAAUGAAUUCUAAAGUAUAAAAUACGCACCUCUGACAUUACUCUGGCGUAGUGUUGACGAUAUUAUCGAUAGACAAAGACUAUCGAUAUUACAUUUAACACUUACCCAUACAGAGGCCAAAUAUACCUGAUGUAAUUGUGUGUUUAAACGUCUAUUUAUAUUGUAUUGUAGUACGCGAUUAUAAUUAGAAUUUAUUGGUGCUCUAUGGAUAUUUUGCGAAUCUUAAAAAGAAAAAUUGAUAGAUUUAAAUUUAGUUCAAUACUCUAUUAUCUCAUUGAAAUAAAGUAGUGAUAUUAUUUAUUUAUUUAUAUAUUAAAAACGUUCACAGCUUUUUUUUGCACUCAAGAAACUACAUAACAAAUUUUCUCUUAGUACUUGUUUCUUCCGUUACGUUAUUAAAUGCAACGUUUCUGUCUACCAAGGCAGCAAGAAUAUGAAAACAGUAACUGAUCUUAUUCAUGACCUCAAAUGAACAGUGGUGAGGGCGAGUUCGUAUGUGUACAAAUUGGACGGAAGUAAACUAGCCAAUAGACAACGAACAUCGACUGGGGAACUAAUCGCGCGGUACACCAGUGCUUCGGAUGUCAAAUCGACCAAUCAGAAGUGUGCUCACGACUCGUGCCUUCACAUGACUUGUAUCGUCGUAGAAUCUAGCGAUAUGUUAAUAAAGCAAAAUAUUCAUAGAUGCCGUAGUAUGGUAAGCUCAAUGUUGUAGUUGUAAGUUAUAAUUUGUCUACAAAAAUGGACCAAACAAGUUUGUUUACAAGACCAAAAAGAACUUAAUAUAAUACAAGAUAACAGCAUUCUGUAUUUAAAAUCUGGAAAUAUGUAGGCAAUGUAUACUAGAGACAGGAUUGAACUACUGGACCGGUUUAUUUUUUACAAAAUGUCCAUAUCGCAUCACGCUAUGUUCUUGUGUUAGAGGUAGGCACAGAUGUAACACAUCCACACUUAUUACUACACGUAUAACAUAUCCAUACUUAGUUUAUCGCCAUUUGCUUGGCACAAUUCCAGACUGUGCUGAUUUUGAGCAGUAAAUCCCAAUAUCACUACCACAUCAUCAAGUCCCCUGCCGAACAUAGGCCUCUCCCAAAGAUUUCCAGACGUACCUGACGCAAGCGGUCUGCACCCAACGUGUUUUUACGCUUGCCGGUACGUGGUCUCCACUCGAGAACUUUUUUAUGUGCCCUGCCCACCGCCAUUUUAGCUUAAUAAUCCGCUGGGCUAUGUCGGUGACUUUCUCUUCUACGGAUCUCUUCAUUUCUGAUCUUAUCGCGUAGAGAAACAGCGAGCAUAGCCCUCUUCAUAGCCCAAUAUCACUACCCAAUUCUAUAUUGAAUAUACAUUUUGUAAUGUUUAUUCCCUGGUGCCUUUUUCCGUGGGGUGGUCAGGUAUUGUGUCUGGUAAUAUGACCCUUAUUACAAAGCACCUAACAGCAGGUAGUGUGAAUAUAGUAAACCCUCUAACGUCCCCUGAAAAGGCAAUAACUAUUCAAUACCCUAAUAAGGUAUUGCUUUACAAGCAUCAGUGUAAACAUAGAUUUGUCGGGAUUCUAUGUCAGAUGGCCUUUGUUGUAUUUAUAAGAUCCGCCAAAGAACAGUCAGAUGUUACGAUAGCAUUAGAAUGUACUGUCUGUGUGUAAUCCUGUUUCUAGUGUUUAAUUAUAAUGAGAUUCGCAACGAACUGCCAUAGAACUAGAGGCUUCGUUUUAUUCCGAUUUAAAACUAUAUUUUGUUAUUAUUUUCAGUACAACUGGCUAGCUUUAGCUAGAGAUUUUUAUUUAUAACAAUUAACGGGUGUAUUGACUUAUAUUUGGCUAUAGAAGCUACUAAAAGCAUACAUACGUGGAUAUAUUUAUGAAUAUCAAUGAUAAAAAUAUUUUUUAAAUUGCAUGAUUGUAUCCAAGGAAGCUAUAGCCAUAUUAAACGCGUGUGUACAUUGUAUUAAUUUAACAAAAAACAGAUUACGUCGUAUGUUAAACAGGGACCACAGUUUAUAGUUGGAUCACUUGGAUAUUUUUAUUAUUUAUUUCUAUAACAUAUUCGAAGAAGCAAUGUUGCUGUUUUUGAACAAUAUAUUAGUUGUGUUAAAUGAAAUUAUUGAAUAUUUUUUUUACAGUAUAACAUGCGUAUAUUUGCUCCAUUAUUAGUCAUAAAUACUUUUUGUUACCUUUAUUGAUAUUAUACUGAAAUUAUAAAGAUUUUAAAUGGAUAUUUGUCUAUUACAGAUUGUAUAUUUUGGAUGUGUAUUAACUUGUAAUUUUAUCAAAAUGUUUCAACUGGGGUAUAGGCAUGUCUUUAGUUUAAUAAUAUGGAGAAAAAUACUUUCCAAACAUGCAACAAUAAUUUUAACUAUUCAAAGAUAUAUACUUGAAAAUAUUGUAUAAUUGUAAUAGAUUUGAUGUCUAGAUUUUGUGUUAGGGAAAUAAUUUUACGGGUUUUCAUGUGUCCUUACCCCAGAUAUUUCGCUGGCUCAUUAUUACAAGGUCCCUUAAUUUUUACGUAAGACGAAAUAAUGAGAUUUAAAAUUGUCAUGAUGAUAAAUAUUAAAGAAGACAGUCGUGGUUCCUCCCUUAAUUAACAUUAGGAAUUAUUAGAUAUGUUUUUUUACUUAAAAAAACAUAGGAUUGCUUGAUAUAUAUAAUUCAAUUUCUGCACACAAGAACAUAGUACCUUGUCAUAGUGAGCCAGUAAUUUGUGGCUUAGAUGAAAUAGUGGCGACUUACUAUGCUAAUGUUAACUCUAUUAGCAUUAUACUGAAGCUAGAUUUCCUAUACCUUUACAUUGUUACUGCUGAUUCUUCCGAUUGAUGAGGUUUAUCUAUUGCUCCUAGCAUAUUUAAAUAGUAACUAAAGGCUAUUCAGGAUUAUUAAAUUUGUAAACUAAUAUUGAUCUUUUUGAGUACUAUUAUUUAUUUAACUUUAAUCUUAUUUUGUGUUACAUUUGAAUAUAAUUAUAAGCAUUUAAAAACAAAUCUUCAAGCCAAAUAGUCGAAUAAAUAAUAAUUUCUCCAUAUCUGUCUCCCGAAAUAGCCUUCCGAUUAUCCGGAAUAUGCUUCCGGUAAUAUCUUUUUUAUACCAUUCGAAUAUAUUUGUUUGUAAUGAUCACGCAUAUCUGUACAAUUCCUAUAGUAUCUUUUCAAGUUAACAGCUUAUUGUUUUUAAUGUUAUAAACUAAGUUAAAAGUUUAUUUAUAUUCGUAGUAAAAUAGUUUUGUUCUAGUAACAUCACAUUGUUAGGGCGUGUCAGCCGUUCAAGGUAUUAGAAUGUUUAUUUCUUUGUACCAUUUUCAUUUCACGCGCGUACAUUCGUUCUUUAUUAUAAUUAUUGUUCGCACGUUUUUUUGAAAAUACCCAAGAUAAUAAUCUGAAUCUAAAACCGUAUGUAUAGAUUUAAUAAUAUACUGAACUAUUAUAUUAACCUAUACAUAUAAAAACCCUAUUGCAGUGCAUAAGGUGUAACAUAUAUUGUUAAGGAAAUAAACUGUUAAACAUUGGUUUAUUUGUAUGUGGUAAUCGAAUGUAUGUUGAUCUCUUGUAUUUAAAUGCAUUUCUUUACUUUCCAUUUUUAACUUUUCUUAUGUCUAUUUAAAAGGUAAUGUGUGUAUUUUAAUAUAACUAUAAAGUGUAUGUAUUUUUCAUAUAUAAUUUAUGUGUUUUUCAUAUUAUAAGCAGUUUUGAGAUUUCAUGAAACUCCUUGCGUUUUCGCGAUUCUACACUAUAUACAAAUAAAUUCUACUAUAUAUUUAAUAAAAUAUGAAUUAUACUUUUGAUAAUGGUCAGAUAUUAGUAAAUCUAAUUUUCUACGCUAUAUUUUGUUUCGGUAUGAAUAUACUAACUAAAUUUGUACUGAUCCGAAUUAGCUAACAUUUGAAUACGAUUCAUUCGAAUUUUUUUAGCAUGUAAUCGAACAGUUUGUUAAAUUUGAUAUUUUGAAAGAAGUUAUGUGAUUUGUCGCAAAUUAUUUAUAUACGCAAAUCGUAUUACAAGAUAUUACGUAUGUAUAUAAUAUAAUAAAUGUAGAUACAGUUGAAGUGUUAAUAUCACAGUAUAAAGAUGCAUACAUACAGAACAUAGCAUCUUAUGUUCAAAAAAGCGAUCGAUACUUGGCCACGUAUUGCUGGGCCCUUAUUCUGUAUAAUAGUGUAAACGCGUAACGCGGCCGUGUCAUGUUAUCUAUGAGAAAUGUGCGUGGAAUGGUAUUCUGUAAGCCAAAUUUCUAUAGUCCUAAACAUGAUGCGUUGUGUUACGUGCUUGUUACACACUGUCAAAAUAACGUGCGGGAUAGAGAAUAAGGCCCCUGUAUGGUUAUUGUAACACUGUACAACCUUUAAACUGUGAUAUUGUAUUCCGUAUAUAUUUUUAUGUAUGCGACAUAUUUUACAUAUAAUUUUAUUACUUGAAUAUCUCCUCUUUCAAAGUGUGCUUAGUUUUCAGUGGUGUUUUUAGAUUGUAAGCCUAACAUGCGGUAAUGUUGAAACGAAUUUAUUUUCGUGGCGUAUUACAUUGCAUGUAUCUGUAUUAUUUUUCAAUAGAACUUGCAUAUGUUGAUCGUAAUGUACACGGGUUUUCGUGAUUCCUUAAAUAUCGUAAUAAAAUUGAAGUGAAACUAUUUUUCGGAUUUUAUCGCGGUAUAUUAUGAUUUCUUCUCGACGUUUCGAAGUCUUUGUUCUUUCAAUGUCUAACAUUCGCGUAAACAUAAGAAAUCAUUAUCGUAAUAACAGCCAGAAGAGUUGUUUAAAAAUGAACUUAAAACUUCAUUACCUAAUUAUGGUAGUCACAAUUAAAGCACAAAUUUGCAAGUUCUGUUGUCAAAUAAUAUGUGUAGUUUAAAUGUUUAAAUGCACGUUCGUGAUUGUGUAUAAUGUAAUGUAACUAUGUGUCCACGAGUCCAGCCAACAGCGAAUACAGAGUCGUGUGUAUAUUUUGAACUUUAUCUCAUACAGAAGUUCUAGUCAAGCUUACGAAGUCAACGGAUGUCGGCUGGACAUAAAACACUGUAUUACAUAAACGCUCUCUUAUACGUAAUACAUGAUGAAAUUAUUGUAAAUGUGUUGGGUUUGAGAAAUAAAUAUGGAUUUAAUUA